GUCUUUGAGAAAGGAUCCCUCCCCACCCCCACCUCCCCUACGGCACAAACAGAAAUCGAGGUGUGACGCAUUCCCAGACCAUCUGCAAACUCAACACCAGCGACUUCUCUGUGACUGGGUCCAGAUAAAGGUCCUUUCAAGACUGACUUCACUGGAUCUACUCCACCAGGUCUUCUUUGACCCUACUUCGUCACUGUGAAGUGCUAUUGGCGAGACUGCCUUCACCAGCAGAAGACUCACAGGAUCCAUCCACGCAUCCGUUUCACCAAGCGUAAUCUUACCAGCAGAGCAGAGCCUCUGUGUGAUUCUGCCUCCAGCUGAUACUGGACAAGAAAGACCAACCAGCUUGAACUAGACGCCUGGCUUUCCUUUGAAGGAGCUAUUCUGUGAUCUGUGCUGCUAGUAAGUGACUGACAGUAUUUUAGACUGGACUGGUCACUGAGUACAGAGACUGAGUUGCAAUUGAGUGAAGAAUAAACUACAAGAUCUUGAAGAACGCACUAAGGUGCAAGCCAGGUUCAACACUCCAGUGUUGUUGAACUGACAAGUUGCUAAAGGAAACUGUAAAGGACUGAUUGUUGCUUAUUGCCUUCCUCUGUCAUUGUUGCUUUUUGUUGUUACAUUGCUUUGUGUUGUCUUUCUAAGCCCAAAUGUUCUCCGAUAAUUCACACUGCCCUGAUUGUGGGCAGCAGUGGUUCCCUAGUUUAGAACUAGGGCACUGGUUGUACCAAACUGAACUUGUUGAAAAUGAAUGUUACCAAGUGUUCUUAGACCGUAUUAACAGGGCUGAUUAUUGCCCUGAAUGUUACCCUGACAAUCCUGCUAAUAGAAGCCUUGUUCUGCCUUGGUCUUUCCCACUUGAGUGGGCACCUCAAAAUCUCACCAGGUGGACCUUUGAAAAAGCUUGCCAUCCAUUUCUUUUGGGUCCUCCACUGGUUAGAAAAAAGAUACAUGAUUCCAGGGUAGCUGGUUUUAAUCCUGCAUUACAAUUAAUCUUGACCAGAACAGACAAAACUUUAAACAAGAAACUUGGCCAAAGCAAAUGAUUUCUGUAACAGAAUCAUGGAGACUCUCAAGGGCUUUGUGUUCAUAGCCUAGGGGAGAAGAAGAAUUAACUUGUUUCUUUCUGUUUUCCUUCUCUUUUUCUUUCUUAAUUUUUUUUAAGGUGCUGGGGAUUGAAUAUGGGUGCCUUGUGCAUGCUAGGCAAGUGCUCUUCCACUAAGUUAAAACCAAGGCUCCCCCUUUCUAAGGCUGACUCAGACUGCUGUCACUACUCUGUCAACUGCUUAAAUUGUUGGGUCUGCUUCUGUGGUCUAUGCAUAUUUUAGCAGAAACUUAGUUGAUAUUGCAGCCAGAGUAUUUACCUAGAACCAGACUAACCUAUAGCCCCUAUAAAUGCUUUAGAACUACCUGGCCCCUCUUGAAAAUUGCCACAACCUAAGUAUUGACAAGAUAAUGUGGUCCUGGAGGGGAGGCCCCAUGUUGUAUGCCCCAUUAACUGUUUUUCUAUUAGACCUAUUAUGAGAACAUGUUCUUGUAGCUGGAUUCUAGAUUCUAAUAAAUUUUAAUACACUACAUUGUUCUAAUUUUCUCUUAUAUUGAUCAAUAAUGAGAGAUGUGUGUAUGUACAUGUAAAGUUUUUCAUAUAUAUUAUAACCAUUCUUUGACACUGUUUUAUCCUCUGUAAAGUAUUACAGUGUUGAUAACUGGUCCUGUCACAUACUAUUUGGCAAUACCUACAUAGGUUACAAGAAAUGUGUUAAUGCUGCCAGUUUACAUUUACUUGUCUCUAUAUAACCAAAGACUCUCUUGUCUUGUGGUGACUGAACUCAAUGGCUUCCCUUGGAAAUGGACAAAUAACCUAUGCUAUGAAAUUUGUAACAAAUGAUAAAGCUUGACUCCAUAUAACUUAAGAGCGGUUUAGUGGAUGCUCUGUCUUAGACAUAAGAGUCUAAACAUGGGCCACAUUCUGGGAUUCUGUUCAUGGAGAUCAUGGACUCAGAUUUAGAGUUAAGCAACUUAGAAAAAGCUCCUGGAAACAUCUGAGAAGCCACUGAACAUUUUUAAAAUUUCACUUAAAGUGAUCCAGUACCUGUGUAGAAGCAGAAAUGGCAAGGACCCAGGUUCUUCUUUUCCUCUCUAGGAUCUUUAUGGUCUCUGUUCUCAUGAUAGUUCUCAAAUGGCUUCAGUAUGGUUUGUUGUGCCAGAUAUUUCAAUCAUAACCAGAAGCAGUGGGCACCUGGCUUGCUUUCUUACAAGUCUUACCUUGGAAAUAAAAUGUUUUUGAAAUGA